AUGGAUAAAUUUCGUAUGAUCUUCCAGUUCCUGCAAGCCAACCAGGAAUCUUUCAUGAAUGGAAUAUGUGGUAUCAUGGCACUUGCAAGUGCCCAACUAUACACAACAUUUGAUUUUAAUUGCCCGUGUCUUCCAAGCUACAACUUGUCCUAUGCCCUGGGUGUUUUGUGUGUACCACCUAUUGUCUUAUUUUUAUUGGGGUUUGUAAUGAACAAUAACGUCUCAAUGCUUGCCGAGGAAUGGAAGAGGCCGACAGGUAUGCGGCAGAAAGACGCUGCUGUAUUGCGAUAUAUGUUCUGUUCAAUGACUCAGCGGGCAUUAAUUGCCCCGGCAGUAUGGAUAUCAGUGACGUUACUACAUGGUGAGAGCUUUAUAUGUGCAUUUAGCACAUCUAUUCCUGUGGACAAACUGGGAAAUAUGACUGGUGUAGACCUGUCUGAAAAAGAAAUCAGGCGAAUACUGGCCAGGAUCCCUUGCAAGGAUAUCUAUGAUGGACACCAUAUUAUACCACAGGAAGUGGCCACCAGAUAUCUGCGGUGCAUUUCUCAGGCAUUAGGAUGGACCUUUGUUUUACUCAUGACCUUCCUGGCAUUUCUUGUCAGAGCCAUACGACCCUGCUUCACACAGGCAGCUUUUCUUAAGAGCAAAUAUUGGUCACACUAUAUUGACAUUGAGCGCAAGCUUUUCGAUGAAACCUGUACUGAACAUGCAAAAAGUUUUGCAAAGCUCUGCAUUCAGCAGUUCUUUGAGAACAUUAACCGAGACAUGAACAUAGGUCAUUCCCAUGUUCUAGAGAAGGAACCAAAGGAACCAAAGGAACCAAAGGAUGCAAAGGAAACAGAACAGGACGAAGCAGACAAACUACUGGGAGUCACCAGUCAGGGGACAAUUAACACCCUUCUGAAGAAUUGGCACAGAUGUAAACCUCCUUUAAACCUGAAUACCUAUGAACACCAAAAUGGAAAUGGAUGUAUUAUCGAAAAUCUUGAGCUUAACAACCUAAAUAUACCCAAGAAGGAAAUUGUAACUUAUUACAGUAAGGUUUAA